AUGGUUCUCCGCUGGUUCCUUGUGGCCAUCCUGGCCCCUGUGGGCCAGGCCCUUCAGCAAUCGCCAGACACAGUUGUCCGAGUGGGCGACUCUGUGACUCUGAACUGUUCCCAAGAGGGGAAUGCAUUCUCGAACAUGUACUGGUACAAGUUGCCCAUGGGGAAGGAUGCCACUCUGCAGUUGGUUGUACACUCAGUGGAAGGUGGCAAGGCAGAUAUUGAGAAGGAAUUCAGAAACCACUUCCAGAGUAAUGGGACUAAGGACUACUGCUUAUCUGUGAAGAUAGAUCAUGCCCUACUCAAUGACUCAGGCACAUAUUUCUGUGCUGAGAAGGACCCACAAUUGUACUUCGGCAGUGGGACAAAACUCACAGUCCUAGGGAAGAACGAUGAAAUCAUACCUCCAGCUGUGGCCAUCUUUUCCCCAUCAAAGCAAGAGAUCCAACAGAAGAGCAAGGCCACCCUGGUAUGCCUGGCCUCUGAUUUCUACCCUGACCACCUGAAUCUGGUCUGGAAGGUGAAUGGUGCUAAGAGGACAGAGGGGGUGGGGACAGAUGAGUUUUCCACAUGGAAUGGGAGUACCUACUCAUUGACCAGCCGACUGAGGAUCUCAGCCCAGGAAUGGUUCAACCCUUUGAAUCGUUUUGAGUGUGUUGCCAAUUUUUUUAAGAAUGGAACGCUGGAAUCAAUGCACAAAUUAAUCUACGGUGAUGGUGGUUGUGCACUCACGGAAGAAAACUAUCAGAGAAGUGCUACAGCUGAGAAGUUUGUAUACAUCAUGCUUAUUUUCAAAAGCAUUUUGUAUGGGAUGUUUGUGAUGGGGCUGAUGCUUAGGUCCAAGGAGAGGAACAGAGUUCUAGUCUAUAUACAUUUGUCCUAA